GGCUGGCGACCUGGACAAGAUGGUGGAAGAACUGGAAGUACAGUUCGGCAAGAUGGCCCUCACAGACAGCAGUCGGAUUGAUGGCAUGUUCUUAAAGUACAACAAGGACAGACUUACGUAUGUCGACCUGAUAAAUCUGAAAGAUAUGUGCAAGAAACUGCAAUUGCCUGGCGACGAGGAUGUACUCAAUGCGUUCCUUGACAAACACGGCUGCGAAGGACGAAUGACCCUGGACCAAUUUAGGAAAUUCUUCGAGAAGACACCAACUGCCAGCUGUUAA